UCAUUCAUGAUCUUCUGUCAUUGCAAGAGCCACUCAAGAUCCAAUGUACAAAAGUCUCAAAGAACACCUCAUUUUUCAAUAAUUCAACAUUAGACAACCUAUUUUUCUAAGAUUCACAUGUGAGAGAGACGGAUGCAAACCAACCAACCACUCACCCUCCAUUCUCAAAGCCCCUAAACAGACACCACAGAUUCCAUUCUCAUCUCAAUCUCACUUUCUUGUAUCAUCACCAUCCUCACUCAUCAUGGUCUCCAGAUGUUUCACUCUCCAUCUCUCUCCUCAUCCCCACCACUCUCUCUCCUCUCCAAUCUUCCCAAAACCAAAACCCAAUUGCCCUCUCGCCACUCCUCUCACUCCAACUCCCCUAACAACCACACCAACUCUCAAAUUUCAGAGAUGUCACAAAUUUCAACCCAUGGCAUCAAAGCAGCCCAAAAUUAGCCCCCAAUUCGACGAAUCGCGCCCCGAUCCGACCCUAACCAACGAUGAUCUCAAGCCCACGAAGCCCGCGGACCGGACUUUUUCCGGGUUGGAGAUGGCCAGUUUGUGGGUCGGGCUUGUGGUGGGUGUUCCAACCUAUUACCUAGCCGGCAGCCUGGUUGACCUUGGCAUGUCAUGGUGGCAGGGAAUCGCCACUGUCGUUGCCGCCAACGUAAUCCUUUUGAUCCCACUAGUCCUCACGGGCCACCCGGGGACCCGUUACGGGAUCCCGUUCCCGGUCCUGGCCCGAUCCUCGUUCGGGAUCCGCGGGGCCCACGUCCCAACGCUCCUGAGAGCGUUGGUGGGCUGCGGGUGGUACGGGAUCGAGACGUGGAUUGGGGGCGAGGCGAUUUUCCUCCUCCUGCCCAAAUCGAUAAAGGAAUCACAAUCCCUCUCCCAAAAUCUCCCUUGGCUCGGUACUUCCCCACUUGAAUUUGCUUGUUUUGUUGUCUUUUGGUUUGUCCAAUUGGCCAUAGUGUGGAGAGGAAUGGAGGGGAUUAGAAAGCUUGAGAAAUACUCUGCCCCAAUUCUCAUUAUUCUCACAUCUAGUCUCCUAAUUUGGGCUUAUGUCAAAGCUGGUGGAUUUGGCUACAUGCUCUCUCUCUCCUCCAAACUCUCCAAUUCCCAAUUCUGGUCCCUCUUCUUUCCUUCUCUUACAGCCAACAUAAGUUUCUGGGCAACUUUAGCACUUAACAUCCCCGAUUUCACCCGGUACGCCAAGACCCAAAAGGAUCAAGUCCUUGGCCAAAUCGGGCUCCCGGUAUUCAUGGGUUUGUUCACAUUCGUCGGCCUGGCCGUAACCUCGUCCACCAAGGUGAUUUUCGGGCACGUGAUUUCGAGUCCGAUUCAACUCUUGGGCCAAAUCGGGGGAGUUUACACGAUAGUCCUCGCGAUUAUCGGAAUUAGCCUAGCCACCCUCACAACCAACAUUGCUGCCAAUGUGGUGGCCCCUGCCAAUGCGCUUGUCAAUCUAAGCCCGUCGAAAUUCACAUUCAAACGAGGUGCGCUUUUGACAGCAUUGCUUGGCAUUGCAUUCCAACCUUGGAGGCUGCUUAAGUCAAGUGAGAGCUUUGUGUACACUUGGCUUGUCGGGUACUCCGCGCUAUUGGGGCCGAUUGGUGGCAUAAUUCUGGUCGAUUAUUAUCUCAUUAAGCGAAUGAAUCUGUGCGUUAAUGAUUUGUACUCGUUGAGCCCCCGUGGGGAGUACUAUUACUCGGGCGGGUAUAAUUUGGCAGCGAUGGCGGCUUUGGCGGUUGGGAUUUUCCCGGUGGUGCCGGGCUUGUUGCAAAAGACUGGAGUGUUGAGUUACGUGCCUGAUUUGUUUGUGGUGAUUUAUAACAAUGCUUGGUUCUGUAGCUUCUUUUCUGCUGGGAUUCUUUACUGGAUUCUGUCCUUUUUGAGAGGGAAACAGGAGGAUUCUCAGCUUAUAGACCCCCUUAUAAACACAACAUAAAAUGUUUUUCCUUUCUUUGUUUUUGUUUUCUGAUCUCAUCUGUGGAACAUAAUAAGUUGUACAGGGCUCUAGAAAUGAUUGUAAAUAUGUUUUACAUUGGUGCCCAAUUCAUAUCUCAGUUAAUGAACACUUCCAAUGAUGUUGGUUUUGGCUU